AUGCGCAUUCCUUCCCUGGCUGCGACGGGCCUGUCGCUGUCUCAGCUCGGCGCCUACCACGUCUCCGCCUCCGUCCCGCCGCCGAAACGAGACGACACGUCCCCCAUCUGGGCGACGCCUCACGAUAGCUACUCGUCGUCAAUCGGUGUCCUCGGCUGCAAAAUAAACACCAAUCGAGUGGCAUACUGGCCGCAGCCCGUCGACUGCGACAACAUAUGUGUCUCCCUCGAGUACCGCCAGCGCCAAGUCUACCUCCUCCGCAUCGACCAAUCUACUGGUGCCCACGAUGUCAGCUACGAUGCCUGGAACUACCUCCUCACCGGCCGAUCUGCCACCGAUGACCCAACCUCGGGCGGUCCCGUGGCAAUGCAGUACCGCAAUGUGGAUGCGUCAAAGUGCAAGUCCCUCAUUCACACCAAAGACAACAAGCUGCCCCUAAGCGCCGCCAACAGCAUCAACUUUCUCGCGAGCUGUCUAGCCGAGCCCAACAGCUGGGUGGCGAAAAAUUACAUGCUCAUCAAUAUCGUCGACUCGAUUUGUACUCUUGGCGUAGACGAGCGGUGCAAGUUGGACUGGCCCGAAGCCAACCAGCCGUCUUGUCCGCAUACUCUGGGCAACCUGAUUUCACUCAAAGACGCCCCUGUUUACAAUAUUCAAUAUCCAUCCGGGAAGAAGGUGGUCGCUUCGUCCGGCGUCUCUGCACCCGGCGGCGCUGAAACCAAUCCUGCCACUGAGGACAAUGCUGCACGGCAUGUCCCAUGUACUUGGAGCCUACUAGCCUGGUGGCUGAUUUGGUACUUUUCUGAUGCCAUCCCUAUUGAUUAA